UCUCUUUCUUACAAUAUAUUCAUACUUACUUAUUUAUAAGUAUAAAGUUUUCACUACCAUAAUCAACAUGAAUGUUUACAGUCCUUACGGUACUCCAGAUUUUCAGAUGUAUCAGCGAAACUAUAACAUCAGAGGAAACUACUAUCAACCAUCGCCACAGACAAUACCACUAGCACCAAUUCAGAACAAUAUGCCAUCUCCGUAUUACCCACACAAUACAUAUCCACACAGUGGAGCUGGAAUGUAUUUUCCGAAACAGAUACCCCAAGAACGCUCCUAUAUUACCCAGAAUUCAAGCUGUCAUGUUCCUUCUCUAGAAACGGUAUUACGAACGCAAGUUCAAGAUUACAUAAAAUUAGGACUAGAAAAACAAAUAUCUGAAGUUUCAGCUUCCAAAGGCAAUACAAAGAUUUUAAAAGAUUGGUUGAGACAACACAGAAACAACCCAUACCCGACAAAGACGGACAAAGUUAUGUUGGCUUAUUCAACUAACAUGACCAUGACCCAAAUUUCUAACUGGUUUGCAAAUUCAAGAAGAAGAAUUAAACAAGAGAAAAGUGAAAAAGAGUUGAAUGACAGUUUGUUGGGAUCUUCUUGUGAUGACAAAAAACGACUAACAUGUCGUGAAGACGUGAGACAAUCAGAAACAUUAUCUAGCGCCAAAUGUAAAACCGGAAACAAAGAAUGCGCAUACGAUUCAUCACGUAACGAAAACGUAAACGAUACAUUUCAGAGUUCUUUUAACGAAACGAACAUUACUCCAGAUAGUGGACUCGAGAGUUUUAUAGAGACGACAGAUUCGUUUGAAAAACGUGAGAACGCAAAAGAUCACAAAGAUAUAAAGUGCAAGACAAAUUUGUUUGGAACAGAUCCAUUGACAGAUGUUACAGUCGAACCAUUAGAGACAAAACCAGAUACAAUAAAUGUUACAGUCGAACCAUUGGAGAUACAACCAUAUACAUUAGACUAUAUAGUCGAACCAUCAGAGAAUAAAAGUACAAAGGCUGUUUAUAGGACAUCGAAAAUAUGGUCUAUUACCGACAUACUUAAUUGAAAAUAACAUUCAUUUGGUGAAUAUCGUCCCAUGAUGCAUAGUAGUGCUAAAAGGAAAACAAUUCGUUUGUGUAAGUGUAACAAAGAAACUUGUUCAUGUAUGUAUCUU